GCUGAUAAUGAGGUUUAGCUAUGAGUGGCUCAUCUUGAUAAUUUUGGUGCUAAUGUCAAUCUGUCUCACUUAUACUGCCUCAGAGGACAAAAGUUUGGCUUCAACCAAGCUACCGCUGAAAGGAGAUGUGCGGCAAACUGUGAGAUCGGAACAAAAUGAGAAAAGGGAAGCGAAGAGGGCGAAAGAGCCGAAGGAGCAAAGAGCGAAGGAAACGCGCCCCCGGCGACAGGAAAAGCCGACCAAGAGGAAGAAGCCGCAGCCCGGAGUCUUCGCAUCCUUUGGAAGUCUAGUCAAAGAUACAAUUGUCGAUGCAAGAGUUGCGUACAGGAAUAUUUCAAAACUUUUAGAAGACUCAUUUAGGCAGCAAGUAACGACACCUGCAGACACGAUGACAAGCGCCAGCGGUGGGAACGAGAACGGAACGUCACCGGCACCCCCGCCUCCGGCACCGGCGCCGCCUGGUCGUCAAGCAGUAUUCGACCUCUUGGGCAAGAAUUAUAGAGGCCUUCGCAAGCUGUGGGAUAGCGAGCUCAAACUAGCCAUGAGUGAAUCUAGGAAGAACGUUAGACGAUUUCAAAAGGAGCUCCGUGAAUCCAUCAGGCCAUUCCUACAACCAUCCAAUAAUGAGACUUAAAUCAAACCGCCAUAGCAAAUUAACCUGUAAUUUAGUGUAACAUUUUCUGACCAUGAGAAUUUUUUCUCCAUAUUCAUCACUUGCAAAUGAUUACAAAAAAUUGACAGACUCCACCAGAAAUAGAUACAUAUGCUCUCGGAGAAUGCACUCAAAACUAGCGAUAUUUAGCCUGAUAAGCUUAUUUAUUUUCGGAGUCAUCGUUUGAUUCCAAGUUGAUGUGAAGUUUUUCCAGUACAAUGCUGUUAGAAUACACUCGGAAUUUUAAUUGACUUAAACGCAUAUAAGACGAAGGAUAAAGAUCAUAGAAUAUUAGCAAAACAUUCCAUAGCAAAGAUUAGUUUCAUAAACUUACUAUACAAAACAAAUAGCUUCUGAAAGGUUAAAGUUGACAGCGAAAUAUUUUUUACUUACCUACCAUUGAGUUAUUUAUUCAUCUAAAUACUUAAAUCAUCCAUCAAGUUUUCUCGUUCUUCUUUUUUUAUCUCAUUACUCUGUGAGGGUCCGUCCGUCAAAUGUGAUUCAUAAAUUAAAGCCCAAUACAAAUGAAUUUCCAAACAAGCUAAUACAGAAAUUGAAUCAUUUUGAUUUUUCAUUUAUUUUUGUUUUUGUUACUUUCUAAAACCUCUGCUUUGAAGUGAAGGCACACCUUGUCCUACUGUACUGUAAUUAUAAUGUAUGGGAGUAUAACUCUCCAAAAUACCUAUGCCCGAUUAUACAUUCAUUAUGUUUCAUGUUGUUUCAUAACUGUUAGAGUCUUUUUAUGUUGUUUCACUUUCAUCUUAGUUUUAAAUAAUUUAUUUUUCAUUCCUUGGCAGCAUUCCUUUAAGUAGACGAAGUUGUGUUCGAUAUUUACUGUAAUUUUUAGAAAAUAUAGGGUUGCCAUAUGGAAAGGUUCAAUAAUCAAAUGUAAAAUAUGUUUGUGUGCUGUUCACAUGGACUUCUUAUCAUGAAAGUAUAUUACUUUUUCAAAUUGAAAA